AUGCUGAUCUCUGUGUCUCAGAUCGUGCUACCGGCCGUGUUCGUCCUGGUUGCUCUGCUCUUCAGUCUCAUUGUUCCUCCGUUUGGGAAAUACCCAGCGCUACGACUGCAGCCCUGGAUGUAUGGAGAGCAGUUCACCUUUUUCAGCCAUGACGCCCCUGGAGACCCCUCCAUGGAGUCCCUCCUGGAGGCUCUGCUGGACCAGCCGGGGUUUGGGACCAAGUGCAUGGACACGGCCAACCAAGGGGAGCCCAGGAGUCCUGAGUGCGACACGGACUACGGCUCCUUCAUGAUGCGGCCGCACGUGUCUUACUCCACGUGGCAGAUGUUCAACCGACUGAACUGGAGCCGAGAGGAUCCGUCGCCCCGCUGUCAGUGCAGCUCUAAGGACGUAAGGCGCAUGCUGCCCGAGUGUCCCCAGGGCGCGGGCGGGCUGCCAGCACCUCAGGUGAAGCGACUGACUGGAGACGUCCUGCAGAACCUCACCACCUACAACAUCUCAGACUACCUGGUGAAGACCUACUCCCAGAUCAUCAAGAAAGGCCUCAAAACCAAAAAGUGGGUGAAUGAGUUCAGGUACGGAGGCUUCUCUCUAGGGGGCCGCACUGCGCAGACUCUGCAGGUCCAGAACCUCCGGGACUCUGUGAACGCCAUUCGAGCGCGGUACUCGAUCUCACAGAACAGUUCUGUGGACGAGCUGCUGAAGCGUCUUCCUGAAGUGUGGGGGGGUCUCCAUAGUCAGGACAACGUGAAGGUGUGGUACAAUAACAAAGGCUGGCACGCCAUGGUGUCCUUCGUGAACGUGAUGAACAACGGUCUGCUCAGGGCCGGUCUGCCUCCAGGAGCCCAGAGGAGGAGCCAUGGAAUCACUGUGUUCAACCACCCACUGAACCUAACCAAGGAGCAGCUGACGGAGAUGGCCAUGAUGACGACCUCCGUGGACGUGCUGGUCUCUAUCUGUGUGAUCUUUGCCAUGUCGUUCGUCCCGGCCAGUUUCACCCUGUUCCUGAUCGAGGAGCGCGUCAGUAAAGCCAAACACCUGCAGUUUGUGAGUGGCGUGCAGCCCGUGCUCUACUGGGUCGCCAACUUCACCUGGGACAUGAUAAACUACACUGUUCCGGCGACGAUGGUGGUUCUGAUCUUCAUGGCGUUCCAGCAGCAGUCGUACGUGUCCGAGACCAACCUGCCGGCUCUGGUGCUGCUGCUGCUUCUCUACGGAUGGUCCAUCACUCCGCUCAUGUACCCCGCCUCCUUCAUCUUCUCGGUGCCCAGUACGGCCUACGUCUUCCUCACCUCCAUCAACCUCUUCAUCGGCAUCAACGGCAGCAUCGCCACCUUCGUCCUGGAGCUGUUUGUGGACCAGCAUCUGAACGAGGUGAACCGGAUCCUGAAGAAGGUCUUCCUGAUCUUUCCUCACUUCUGUCUGGGACGAGGACUCAUCGACAUGGCCAAGAACCAGGCCAUGGCCGACGCCUUCCACCGCCUCGGAGUGAAGCCGCGCCUCAAUCCUCUGGACUGGGACUUCGUUGGGAAGAAUCUGUUUGCAAUGGCAACGGAGGGAGUGGUCUUCUUCCUCUUCACCGUCCUGCUGCAGUACAAGUUCUUCAUCCGCCUCAGGCCCUGGUGGUGGUGGGUUGAGGUAGAGCUGCCUCCUCUGGGUCCUGAAGAUGAAGACGUGGCGAGGGAGAGGAACCGAGUGAAGACCGGGAGAGCACAAGGCGACAUCCUCACAAUGAUGGACCUCAGCAAGGUGUAUAAUCUGGGGAAGAAGCCCGCCGUGGACCGCCUCUGCCUGGGGAUCCCGCGUGGAGAGUGCUUUGGGCUUCUGGGCGUGAAUGGAGCAGGAAAGACCUCUACCUUUCGGAUGCUGACUGGAGACACGGACAUCACAUUUGGAGAGGCUUUCCUCCAGCAGCACAGUGUACAGAGGGAGAUGGACCGCGUGCACCAGCUCAUGGGAUACUGUCCUCAGUUUGACGCCAUCAGUGACCUGCUGACCGGGCGAGAGCAUCUGCAGCUGUACGCCCGACUGAGAGGAGUGAGGGAGGAGCAUGUGAGCAAGGUGGCGGAGUGGGGCGUGCAGAAGCUGGGGCUGCUGCAGUACUGCGAGCGAGAGGCAGGAGGCUACAGCGGCGGCAACAAGAGGAAGCUCUCCACCGCCAUCUCCCUCAUUGGCUCUCCUCCAGUCGUCUUCCUGGACGAGCCGACGACAGGGAUGGACCCGAAGGCCAAGAGGUUUCUGUGGAACUGCAUCCUAAGCGUGACGAGAGAGGGCCGCGCUGUGGUGCUCACCUCCCACAGUAUGGAGGAGUGCGAGGCCUUAUGCUCCCGGAUGGCCAUCAUGGUGAAUGGCCGAUUCCGCUGCCUGGGCUCUGUGCAGCAUCUGAAGAACAGGUUUGGUGAUGGCUACACGGUGCUGGUCCGCCUCUCCUCCUCCUCUCCUGCCCAGGAUCAGUGUCCGGUUCUGGGGUACAUGCAGACACACUUCCCCCGCCUCCAGCUGACGGAGCGGCACCAGAACGUUCUCCAGUUCCAGAUGCCCUCAGAGGCUCACUGCCUGCCCCAGCUGCUGCACGGCCUGGCCACCAGCCACGAGGAGCUGGGGGUCCUGGACUUCUCGGUGUCCCAGACCACACUGGACCAGGUUUUUGUAAACUUUGCCAAAGAUCAAACCGACGACUGCCUCCCUGAUGUGGUCGUGACCAAUGGGACGCCACGGGUCACUCCUGAAGCCCCGCCCACAGCCUCUACAUCCACUCUGGCUCACCCUGCCCGCAUGAGCCUCCCCCUCAUCACCCCCCAGGCCCCGGUCACUCCUCCCCCGCGCAUCAAGACCCCGCAGAGACCUGGGAGGACCAUGGGGAAGGAGAGAGAGGAGAAAGAGGAGAGAGAGAAGGCCCAGAAGAAGGAGGGGAAAGAGGAAAGAGAGGGGAAGGCCCAGGAGAAAAAGAGAGAGGGGAGAGAUGAGAGAAAAGAGAAGGCCCAGUCCAAGAGCCAGCAUGAGGGGUCCAUGGGGGUUCCCCUGGUCCCCGUGUCUCACCCACACUCCAGCAGCAGCAGUGAGGAGGAGGCUGCGGAGCCCGGGAGCAGCGGUCCCAGCCGGAGGAGGCGUCGGCGAAAGCCCAAAGACCCCAAAGACCCCACGGUCCUGUUCAGUGUGGGCGCCAGGUCCACGGACAGCUCAGUGUAG